AUGGCUUGUGUUCUCAUACCGUUCCGUCGGGAAAAAGCAAGAGCUGAUAAUUUUUUGAUCACAGCAUCUGUUUCGUUACUGAAUGUUGAAUUACGCAAGAAAAGGUGGUAAGGGACAAGAUAAAGUAUUUUCUUUCUCUCUUUUCUAUUAAGAGUUUAGCCUUCGAAGCUACUUGUCCCAGUAGAGUCAGACUUUUUCUUACUUUUCUGAUUAGAAAAUGAUCAAAAGUUAAACUCUGACAAAGCGUACAAUUUCGAAAACAAUAUAAAUUUCACUAUGAUUAAUUGAAUUGAGAAAAAAAUAUGCGUUUUAGAAUUUGAUCGAGUUCGAUUUCACUGUUGAAUACCGCGUGAGAAUUAAGCAACAGAAACAAAGGGUCUUUCCCCAAACUGAAUAUUGUUUGCCCUUUGAAGUUGCAAGACUCGGUGAAAAACAAAUACUAAGCUAAUUGGUAUUUUUCACGGCAGUGCUUCGAGAGAAAGUUUUUGAUAACGGUUAAUUAUUGACAGCGAGGUGGGGGAGGGGUUAGUUUUACUAGUUACCAGUCUUGGCUCAAAGACAUCAUGGCGGCCGCCUUGAACAUACGAUCUACUUCUUUGCCUUUUGUCGUAUUCCAAAAUAACAAAAGAUGUAAGUGCAUCUCAGCCCUUGAAUCGUAGAACGUCAACGCUUAUACAAGGAUAGAAUCCGCACUGAACAGAAAUAUGGCUAACUAUGGCAACUUUUUCACAUUAUGCUGACAUUUGUGUUUUGUUCCUUAAUUAGGUAUCCCCACAAGCUUGCAGUUCUUUGGAAAAAAAGGAAAGCGAAAUACAGUACAAAGGUAGUCAAUUUAGACUUUGGAUCUCUUAUCUUUCUCUCUUAGCUCAUUAAACGUUAUUGAUUUCUUAAUCGUCAGUUUGAGUGAAAGAAAUAUUUCUUGCAAUUACUUUUUCUCUCAGCCUGUAGCAUGGUUUGGAGGUGUUGAAAAUGGUUAUCGUGGUGGUCAUUUUUGGCCUGAGCCUGAUCCAGUAGAUAGUAAACUUACUCUCCUCAAGGUAAGUUUAAAAUAAAGGCAACACGAGGUAGAAAUUGGGGGACAGAUUUCCGUAAAGUGCUGCAGCAUUCGGAAACGAAGUUGUAGUCCGAAAGACUUGCCUUCGUCAUAGUUUUCUUUAUCCAAGAGCUCUAUGCAUAAUGAACUAUGGGGAAGUUCUAAACACUAGUGUUUAGCUAUUGUUCUGCUCAUUUGGUCUUUUGUUUUGUCACAUCUUUGUUUCCAUCAUUCUCAUGAUUUGUUCAAGGUCCCUAAUAUUGUUGUUAUCAAGUUUGUUUCUUUGUUUUAAAACAAUAUUUAUUUGUAUUUGUAGAACCCAGAAGAUGAAAUGACAGAAUAUCAAGAAAAGCAGUGGAAUAUUUACAUCUGUAAUGUAAGCUUUUCCCUUUUCAAUUUUACAUGAGUAUGUAGUCGCUCUUUGCCUUUGAUACUAUUUUCACUCCAGGCAGUUUGGAGUAAAUCUGAACACUUUUCAUCUUCCUCUUGCUUCUUUGAAAUCAUUAGGUGUCCCCCAGUGGUUGUCACCAGCUUCUGGCCACUGGCUGUAUUGAUAUCAGCAAUUACAUUACAGAGAUGCCUGGAAAAGUGGAAGUUACUGUCACUCUUAAGCCAGCAAUCAAGAAAGUUGUUUCUGGUAAAAUUGAGUUUGAAUUAUCAUGGAUUAUCCAGGAAGAUGACGGAGUCAUUCAGUGAGUAUUCUUCAGUAAUUUCCAUAGCUAGUUAUUGUAAUGAUCAUCUAGCCUAUGUUUGGCAUUUAUAAGUCAGUUACUAUCAUAAUGUUAUUUUAGAUCCAUGAACUUGAUCAAUAAACUUUCAAAGUGAGAUAUUAUCAUUUUUGCUGCAUAAUCACAAGGGUCAACUAAAAUCUAAAGUGUACUUGCUCGAUGGUUUUUAUUCAUGCAAUUAUUAUUUGUUUUGUCUAAAAGUAAUUGUAUUGUGAAAUUCCAUUAACUCUUUUGCAUUACCUUUACAGUCCCAUAGAUGAAGAGAUAUGGGAAGAGAUAAUGCAGGAGGUCAGGGAGGAACAAGCAAGAAGAAAAGCUGAGGGAAAGACAGCCAAGUAUAAAUCUUUGAAAAAAAGAAGGCACAGGAAACGUGGCUGCUCAAGUGAUACAGACAUUGCGACUGAAGAAGACAAAAAGAAAGAUAAAAGCAAUGAAGUUGGCUGCUCAAGUGAUACAAAAAUUGCUGUUGGGGAAGAUAAAAAGACUAUUGAACAACAAGGUGGCAUCUUCCCAAAUGCUGAACCUCAGGUGGAUCCCUCAUCUAGCAGCAAUAGCAAAGUGGGGUCAGGAAAGGUCAGGAGGCAGUCUUCACCUCAUCAUCCACAUCUUAGCCCUGUUUCACCCCAAACACACCCAUCUGCUAGCCAGGGUCUGCCAUUAGAGAGUGAAGAGAAAAAAGAGGCCCAGAGUAAAAGGAACCUUCAUAAAACUGUAAGGUUUCAAAUUAAUGAACAGCCUGAGGUAUUACAUCUUGUUGUACAUGAUGAAGAAGCACUGGACUCCUUGCCUGUGUUGUCUUCAGAAACUGUCUACAGAGGAACAAUUUUCAUAGAGGAAGAUGAAGUUGCAACAAAAGAGAAGUGCAUUCCCAAGAGAGAUGAAAAUUCAGGUAAGUUCUGUUUUGUUUUCCAGCCUCCCAUUCCAAAUGGAAAGGGGCUUAAAUUUGAAUACUUUUCUCCUGUUUGAUCUGAUUUAUUUUCAAUCAAACAGUUUUAUUUUAAGACUCCUUGGAACCUUGAGCUAUAAGCACUAAAUAAAAAUCAUAAUUUUACAUUUUUUUAUUCUAAAUUACAACUAUUUUUGUUGAUUAUUGAUGUUAACUUUUUUGUUCAGCCUCAAGUGGAAGCCAGCUUCACUCAGAGUUGGCCAGUUAUAUUGAAGAGGAACUGAAGCUUGUUCAAGAUGAAUUAUUGUCUUCGGAAGAAGUCCGCUCAAAAGUGAAACUUGAAAUGCAGAGAGCCAUGUCAUCAGGUGGGUGAUCCAUUUCCAAAAUGAUAAAGUGAAAUACCUUGGAAUUUCAAAUCAUACAAUUAAUAUGUUUCAUUCACUUGUUGAGUCAAAUUUUAGAGCAGGCAUUUCUUCAUUAAAAAACUUAUGUUAAGUUCUUUUCCCCACUAAUGAGUUAUAAAUCUUUUACUCCAGGAUCUUAUAGGUAAUUCUCUUUACUGUCUGCUGUACAAUUCUUAUCAUAUUAGAUCAAUAAAUUUGAUAUUGAAUGGAUUAAUAACUUCCUGCUUUAUAUUGUUUUGAUAUUGUAAGGAUAAAUUCUGUCUUGAUCAUUCUCAGGAGUGAAAGGGUUAAAAAUGUUAAAAAACAGCUAAUCCCCAAACUAGAGAUACUGCAAGUUUUUACACUUAUUUCAGGUGUUAUAAGCCAUGCUUAACUUACACAGCUUAUACAAUAUAUUUGUUUACUUUUUGUCUGUAGACCACAAAGAAGAGUUUGAAAGCUUAAACCAAGGCUGGCUUAUAUUGGAUAGCUUCCAUUCCAAAGUGUUGAAAAGAAAAGAAGAUCUUCUUGCCCUGUAAGUAAUAAAGACUUAUUUUAGAAACAAAAUAAACAUGUUCAUUAUGACCUAAAAUGUAGUCUUACAUUGUAAUCCAUGAUCCAAAAACUCUGCUCAGGUGCCUUUAUAUGUGGACCAACUGCCUUUGAUAUGGAUAACUGAUCUAUCUAUCAUAUAUUGCUUAAUUAGUUCCUCUGGAUUCAUUUUUGUUAUUGUUAAUAAUAAAAAAUGUUGGCAAUGGAAUGACUAGUGUUUGAUUUACAGAUUGAGAAGUUCCACUGUUUGUCCUUGUUAUUUAUUUGGGUUUUUCAGAGACUGUAGUGGUUCUGCUUAACUAAAGGUUGUAUUUAGCUUGAGGCAGAUUUGCUUGAUUUUCUGUUUUCCUUUCACCAAUAUAGUGACAAAGGAAAAAACAUUGAAAAUUGUCUUAACUUGCUGUGUUCAGAUUUGAGACGCCUUUCAGAAGUGGAAGGUAAGUAUUCAGUUGUUUCUCCUCCUUUUUCUCAGUUAAGUGUUAUUGGGACUGGUUUAGUGAGCCUUGAUUCUUAACCCUUUACACCCUAACAUCAUUCUGUAUAUAUAUAUAUAUAUAUAUAUAUGUAUACUCCAAACUGUUCUCUUUACAUUUCCUAAGGUGCUGACAGGUGAAUUUGUUUAACAACCUUGAGUUUCUUUACAUAGUGAUCAUUUCCUUUAUCCUUGUGAUAUUCUAAAGAGAAAUUAGAUGCUAUUCACUCUUCAGGGUCAAAGGCAAAGCCAAAAUGUAGAUGAAGGAAACAAGAUUUUGUAUUUUGAUUUUAGGCUGGGGGAAAACAGAUGAAAACAAAGCUCUUGAAAAAAGAGUUGCUGGACUCAUUGCUGCUAUUCACUAG